AUGUUUGGUUGCCUCCGUGGCCUGUGCCGCCCUCACUGCUCCAACCUCUCUGUAACCAUUAGAGCAACCCCUUGUUUGCUGCGGCUGCAGCGACAGCAACAGCUCUUGAACACCUACUUAUUACACACUUGCAACAAUUACGGCGAAUAUCGAGCAUCACUGGCAGUCGAAGCAGCAGCAAGGCGGAUAACACCGGAGCCUUCUUCGCAACUGGCCCUAGAGCAGGGCAGCGCCAGCAUGAGCAGCACUCUGCAGCCUCAAAGCAAGAUGGCCAGCCUGCUGGUUCUUACAAAGGAGGAGGUAGACAUGGCACAGAAGGCCACAGAUGGGUGGCUGAAAGUUGUUGAGAGGGCACUACUCACCCCCCUUGAUUUCAAAGAGCACAAGGGCAGAUAUGGAAAAGUUUGCGUCAUUGGCGGAUCUGCCACGUUUACGGGGGCGCCAUAUUUCGCCGCUUCUGCGGCUCUUCGCAUGGGGGCGGACCUGGCUACAGUUAUAACGACUCCCAGUGCAGCUAUGGCCAUCAAGGCUUACAGCCCAGAGCUCCUUGUCUAUCCAAUCCUGCCUUGUCGCUACGGAGCUGAGCGCGGAAAACCCAAUGAGCAGGAUCCCUUCGACUACCAGCUAGAGCUGGCCAGGCUCAAGAUUCAUGCAGAGCCUCUUCUGCGGAAGGUGGACGUUGUUGUUAUAGGGCCUGGACUGGGAGGUAGCAGCAAUUACCGUUUUCACGAAGAGCACGACACAAAACAACAGCAAGCGCAGCAGCAACAGCAUCCUCGUCAGGGAAAGCAACAGGAACAACAGGAGCAGCAGCACAAGCAAAAGUCGCUAGAUAAAUCUGGGAGUGGUGGCCGGCUUUCCCAUUUCCUUAGAGAGGCGAUUGAUGAUGUUCAUAAAGUGGUUCGAGGCUCAUCUUCGUCAAGUGUUGGAGCGGAUCACAAAGCAGCAGCAACCGCAACAGACCGAACGAAUCCCGCCACAAUAGACCAUGCUAUUACGAAACAAGCAAUCUUGGAGGCUGAAGCUGCUGCGGCUGUCACUCAGAAAGCAGCGAUUUUUCUGUUAAGACUUUGUAUGCAAAUGAAAAAGCCUCUUGUAUUGGACGCAGAUAUGCUCCGCAUCCUAUCGAUACCUGGCCAUGAACACUACCUUUCUCUGUUGGAAGGCUACGACCAGGCAGUUUUAACCCCAAAUGGGCACGAGCUGGAACAGCUGUUGCGGGCUCUUCGGAGACGCCAAGCGGCUGGGGAUGGGGAGCAGCAUGGUCCUAAGGGGUGGAACAACUACGCAACACACGGUUUACUUCCUGCAUCUUUGGAGGCUGAGGGCGUGACGCAACAUUUAGCCGAAACCGUGGCGCUGCUACGGGGCCCUUGCGUGUUUGCUAAGGGCAGGGUUGAUCUGCUGGGCGCGUUUGAUGCCAAGGAGGAUUUGGAAGACUGCCCGAGAGUCUACAUGGCAGUCGCAGGACUUGACCCCCGUUAUUUUGGGUCCCCUAAACGGUCUGGAGGCCAAGGUGACGUGCUUUGCGGGGUCUUGGCGGAGGCGCUUGUAUGGAGUGAAAGGGGAAGGGCACUGGAGCUGAAGCAGGUUGAGGAGGAGACGGCGAAAUUAGGCCUUGUUGUUCCUUUUGGUGGAAGGCCUUCGGUUCCUUACCUCUUUCUAAUGCAUGCUGCUAGCCUUAUUACUCGCCAAGCUGCUUUUCUUGCCUAUAAACACCACGGCAGGUCAAUGACCGCAGAGCACAUACUCGAUAGACUCUCCGCAGCUGCCGCCAUCGCAUUCCCAUCCUCUUGGAUCCAGCAAAGUAGCCUUUGA